AUGGAUAUCGACACCACGCCGGCGUCCUACGGCACCCCCGCCUCCGCUUCAGCCGGCCCCGGUCCAGAGGCCAUGCCGGCGCCUUCGCCGUCGGCGCACCUCCCCUCAUUUGAGUCACAUCCCUCGGCGACCGCGGGACAAUCAGUAGCGACAGCAUCAGCAGCGGCAGCAGCUGCAGCUGCAGCAGCUUCUACAGGGUCCGCUCAGAGCCGUCCCUGCGACAUAUGUCGCCAGCGCAAGACUCGCUGUGUCCGCGAGGAGGGCCGCGACAAAUGCGUCAUGUGCUCUUUCCACGGCCAGCCGUGCACGUAUCUUCGCGGGCCGCUCCCGCGCAAGCGACGGAAGGCUACCGAUCCCCCGGAACACCGCCCGUCCACGGCUACCAAUGGUUCCAUCUCAGCGCCCGCAGGUCCUCCACCCGCUCCCGUCCCGCUGGACCCUCAAGAAGAGAUAACACACCCCUCCCCCGAGCUGCUAGAGGCGCUGUCACCGUCCCUCGCUGGCUCGGAGCACGCUAUCACCUUCAACCAGCCUUCUCUCCUUGACGGCACUCUCGGUCUACACCUCAAGACCCAUUCAGAGUACGUCGGCAACACCAACUACCGGGAACCCUCCCUACUGGACCUACACCGUCCGCAUGACCCGGCCAUCAGGUCCGUCCGCCGCCUCGACGAAUCGACCGUCUUCCUGAUUCACCGCGAUCGAGAAACCUCCUCGGAGCCUCAAAGGAUCGCCGAUCUCGAUGCCAUAGAGAAAGUCGUCCACCCCCUCGGCUCGACCCUCGUGAACCUCUACUUCCGCAUCGUCCACCCUAGCUUCCCCGUCCUCCACAAAAAGGUCUUUCUCGAAAAGUACGCCCGCUCUUACCAUGAGUUCUCGCCGCCCCUCCUGGCCGCCGUUUACCUCCUGGCCCUUGACUGGUCCCUCUACGAUCGCACCCUGGCCACCUCCUCAUGGCAGCCCGACCAGGCCGCUCUCGAGGCCCUUGCCCUCCGCACCAUGAGCGACGACAUGAAGCGGCCGAAGAUCUCGACGCUUCAGGCCGGUCUGCUCAUUCAGCAGCGCUUCCGGAACAACACCUGGACCUUCACGGCGCAGCUCACGGCUCUGGCCCAGGGCCUUGGCCUCCACGUGGACUGUAGCGACUGGGCCAUCCCGGACUGGGAAAAGGGCCUCCGCCGCCGACUCGCCUGGGCGCUCUUCAUGCAGGACAAAUGGGGUGCCCUCGUCCACGGCCGGCCGUCGCACAUCCGCCUCGAUGAGGACUGGGACGUUCGGCCGUGCUGCAUCGAGGACUUCCCUGAGAAUGCCGCUGACGAGGAGCACGAUCCGGAGGGUAGCGCUGAGGUCGUCGUCGGUCGCGAGCUCUUCUUGCGGCACAUCGAGCUGUCGCUCAUUCUCAGCGAUGUGCUCGGCACAUUUUACACGGCCAAGGCGACCCGUCGCGGCGGCACCCUCGAUCAAAUCGGCACCGUGGGUGUCGCCGAGCUCGCGAAGCCCAUCGUCAUGAUGCUACGGGAAUGGUACGCCAAACUCCCAGAAGCCCUCCAGCUACAAGAAACGCGCCUCAAGAAGCUUUCAGCGAAUGGCUCCCUCCACCUCGCCUAUAUCUCCAUAGACCUGGCACUCCACCGCUCCCUAGUCCGCAAUAUCUCCUCCAACGCGCCGCCCGAGCUGCGCGUCGCCAUCCGCACGGGCGCCCGCGCCCGCCUCGCUGCCGCCUCGAACAUCAUCGCCAAUCUGCAGAUGGAGCAUAUCCAUUCGUUCUGGGGCUUCGCCGCCUCGGCCCAGCUCGCCGGCAUCGGCUCUUUCGCCGGCCUCUUAUGGGCCACCUCCAACGACGACGCUGAAGCCAUGUACUACGCCGACCGCGUCGAGGAGUACCUGUGGAGCCUGAGGGUGCGCGCGCAGGCGGCGCCGUUCGCAAGGGAGGCGCUGAGGAUGCUCGAGUCGGACGUCAGCGGGCUGGGCGCCGUGAGAGCUGCUGCCGAAGUGAAGAUGUGA